UCGACGCACCGCGGCCAAACAACAAGGCGAGUCCGCUGGAUAGAGGUCCGUCCAGUCGCGGCGAAUGGCCAUGGGCCUUCAUGGAGGACCUACCGUCAUGCAAGGACGAGGACAUUCUCGAGCGCGUGGACGACAUCGUCGCGAUUUUCCAGCACGAGUGCGCCAAGCGCGCCGGCGUGCCGCGAGACCAGCGCGCCAAGCCCAGUGAAUCGACCGAGGUGGUACUGACGACGAACGGCCACCUCGUGUCCAAGUACAGCCAACGGCUGCAGCUGUUCACAGUCUUCUCGGACGUGAGCAUUGCCGACGCAACCUUAGCCGACGUGGUCGAACUGCUUCAGGAACCCGACGACGGCUUCCUUCGACGAAUUUUCAGCGACCAAGAUAUGGUUCAGCUGCACACGUUGGCCGCGAUCGGCGCCACUGGGACCUACGAGGCCGGCAUCGAGCAUGACCAGCGCCACCUGCACGUGCCACCGGCGUGCACCCUGAAGAAAGUGCUUUUUCGGGAAAAAGGCAUCUUCCUGACACACCCCAAGGAGAUCCUGCUCGUGGACCACGUCCAGCCCAUGACGCCAACGUCGAUCCUGUGGGUGUUCAAAUCGAUCGACAACGGCAACUACCCCACCACGAGUCGCGACCACAUCGUUCCUCGGCACACGCACAUCAUGGGCGGCUACCUCAUGGAGCUGAUCAGUCCAACCGCAGUUCGGCCGGCCGGCGUCCGAGUCACGUACUACGCGGAGCAUGCCGUGUACCCCAAGCAGUUUGCGAGUUCGCUCGACACUCGCCUUCGUUUGGAAAAGUUUGGUCAUUGCAUUGUGUCAUGGCCGCAAAUGCUGCACCAGCAUCGGCGGCGAAGAAGCACGCCUCCAGACAAUCGACUACUCGCCGUCCAGCCACCGGUAGAGCCAGGCAUCGUCGACGCAACCUGCCGGAGCUGCGCCAAAGGAUUCCACUGGUUUCGACGAGCUUGUACUUGCAGCGUCUGCGGCGGCAGCAUCUGCGUCGACUGCUCAGCUCUCGAAAACGUAACCAGCCCGACCGGGCUCCACUUCAACGUUCCCGUCUGCUUUGUGUGUCUGGUCCAAAUCAAAACCAACAACGGACAAACGAAUGCCGACGACGCCAGCGCCGCCAUGCCGCGGUCCGUCGGCUCUACAUUCGCGCCGUAUUCAGAUCCAAACCGCCCCUCUGCCACGGGGCUCGCCCCUCUCCUUGACGACGUCGACGACGACGAUGACGGGUGGAGUGAAAGCAGUAUGGGCCUUCCGCCCCUUCGAAAGUCCACGUUGAGGCCGUCCAUGUGCCAGUCCUGCGCGAUCCAGCAGUCGGAGGCGCAGUGCGCCGUCUGCGGCAUGUACUUUUGCGGCAAGUGUGCCGACACAGACCUCGCCAACGUUGUGUGCAGGACAUGCAAACCACCGGCGAACCGGCCCCCGGCUCCCGUGCUGCUGCUCCCGCCCCAAGCUUUGCCACCCCCCGUCACUCUCCCUUCUCAACUCGACGUGCAGCCACACGGUGCUCCGCCCUUUCAAUCGAGCCCUCGGUUGCCCACGUUGCUGUCGCCGCUCUCAUCGCUGCCAUCGCCUCCGCCAACGCCGCGCACUGAAUGCAACGACACAACCCAUGGCAUCCCGCCGCCGCCGCGAAUAUCCACGCUCUCCGACGAAAUGCACAUUCGGUUGCGAGACACGUAUGCGAGUACCGUGCAAAGCUCGUCAGCAGCUCUACACGACAUCAGCUUGUCGAGCACCGACGAUCUCAUGCCCAUGCCUUCCACGCGGCGGUCCGCCCCAACUAACCCCCCCUUCAGCGACGAUGGCGACGACUUGCAUCAGCAACUCCCCCACGAUGCUGUGUUUCCGAUCCAAAUCCAUGAAGAUGCCAGGCAACAACGUCUUGGUGGCCCAGGGGACACCGCAAAGCCCACCGCCCCAUCUGACGACGAUACAACGUCGGGCGGGACGCCCGCGACAGCGUCAACAUCCCCAAGCGCUCUCUCUUCGCCAUGCGCCCUGCAUGACGUGACGCCAGCCGAGGUGGAGGCGGCGUGCCUCGACAUAUCGUCCAAUGCAGCGUACGACGCCUUGUGCGAAGAUGCCAUCGUGGCCAUGGAGUGCUCCAAUGCGUACGUGGUACUGCUGUACAAGGACCAGUUUAUGCUCAAGGGGGCGGCUGGGACGGGCUACGUUCCUGUAUCGAUCCCCGUCUCCUGUGCGUUUUGCAUGCACACGGUGGCGGCGUGCGCGGACCCGCUGAUCGUUCCCGACGCGACGGUCGACGCGAGGUUUCAGAAUUCGGUGCGGGUCGUUGGGAAAGAAAGCAUUCGGUUUUACUACGGCGUCGUCGUGCAGGCGGGAAAUGGCCAUGUCAUCGGGACCGUGUGCGCCCUCGAUACGUCGCCCCGCAUGCGCAUCGGGCGCCAUCAAAAACACGCUAUGGAAGAGUUCGCCCGACGCGUUGCCGCGCUCGUCCACGGCAUCAAGCGGUGACGACUCGUGAGUGCAAGAAGCGCAUCCCUGUUGCCUGGGGAGCUCGUUCCCCACCCCCUGACAAGACGAUUCAAGUUCACGGCUGUGCAGCCCACAGUCGAUGGACUGACGAGCAUGAAGUAAGAGCAUCCUUGGGGCCAUCGUUGCUGCUGUGUUGGGUUGUUCGCACUGAUGAGAGUGGUCAAUUUCAUUUUUAAGUUACGCGAAGAGCGGGGCGACGUCACAGGGGAGAGGCUGGCGACGAGCUGCACUCGUUUAUGUCUUGCAAUGCAU